UUAUUAGUUUACAUAACACUUGUAGUUUAGUUGUUCACCCAUCAACACUCUCUCUUUCUGAAUCUUUCUUUCUUUUUUAGAACCGACAUAGCUCCCAACACAUAGGAAUCUUAAGCUUUCUCUCUCUCAGUCUCAGAGUCCUUGUGUAUCUUUCACCUUAUUUACUUUAGACUUUGGACAGUAAGCAUUUAAGCUAUGCAAACUGAGUAUUGCAAGGAGAGAGGGGAGCUUUUCUCGCCUCCACAGGCUUCUUGUUUGUGGAAUAUAGCUUUUGGACCUCCGGCGUUGACUACGGAGAGCCUCUCCUCUGUCUCAUUCGCCGGAGUUAAGGUCGUUACUCCAGAGACAGAGUCAGAGCAAGGUGGUGGAAAGAGUUCAAGAGAUCAUGUGUCAAAGCCUCAUGUUGCUUUCUCAAUGCAAUCUUCCUGCUUCGAGUUUGGAUUUGCCCAGCCAACGAUCUACACAAAGCAUCCUGAUCAUGUGGAACAGUACUACGGAGUUGUUUCAGGCUAUGGAUCUCAGAUAUCACCAGGCCGGGUCAUGCUGCCUCUUAAGAUGGAGACAGAAGAAGAUGGUACGAUCUAUGUGAACUCAAAGCAGUACCAUGGAAUCAUCAGGCGACGCCAGUCUCGUGCUAAGGCUGUCCUCAAGAACAAAAUUAGCAGCUGCCGCAAGCAGCCAUAUAUGCAUCACUCGCGCCAUCUCCAUGCUAUGCGUCGUCCUAGAGGAUCCGGCGGGCGUUUCUUGAACACCAAGAAAGCAGAUGCUGAUUUACAAUCUAAGCCAAGCAAUCCUCAGAUUUCAGAAGUCUUUCAUCCCAAAAACAGGACCAUGACCUCAUCGAUGGAAACAUACGGACCAAAUGUCUCAAGUUCAAAUGUUACAAGUAUGAAUCACUUUCUAAGUUCGUCGGUUCAUUCUAUUGGUGGUAAUAUGGUCAUGCCUAGCAAGUGGAUUGCAGAAGCAAUGGAUAUUGGCUGCUGCAAACUCAAAACCUGAUAAGCAAACUGUCUUUUCCCUUAUGUUUCAGCCAAACGAAGAAGAGAUAGUUCUUGUCCCAAAAAGGGACAAUGAGAUUUGGUUUGGCUGUAAACAGGCAACUCAUCUUUGGCUCAUCCUUUCAUUAAGUUUGUUUACUUCGUCUGUUUUCUUAUACACAUCUUCAAGACUGGUGAGUAAAACCAUGGUUUAGCUUCAGUUUCAAGUAGAACUACUGAAGAAACAAUGAUUGGUUUGCUACUACCCUCUUGUUCCAACCAGUUUGUGUUUGUGGGAUAAAAAUACUCAGUUUGCCAGAUUAAUGAUGUUGUCUUGUGUGCA